AUGCAGUCACACUUUGAAGUUUUCGACAAAAUGCUGGAGGAAAUCCAGCAACUGCGCCUUGAUGCAAUCUAUUUCACAAAACUGACGUCCAGGAUGGAUGGAAGAAUAGAGAGGUUGAGAAGGAAGUGUAAGAGAUACAAAGAAAAGUUUGUACGGAAGCCAUUGGAAAGAUAUGCUAGGAAGGUCGGCAAAUAUCAUAAAGCCAUAAGGAAGCUUCUACGCAGUAAUGGUGAUAGUGGAAAAACAUUCAAGAGUGUUAUUGAGGAGCUUAAAAAGAAAUGUGAAGAACUUUGUUCGAAAGCAGAUGUAUCUUUUGACCUUGAGGGCCCAUCAAUACCUGAGAUGAACUGUGUAGUAAAUUUGGGAGAAAUGGGAAAGAAUGAAAAGCCAUAUUGUAGGUGCGGUAGGCCUCCAUUCAAGAGCAUGAUAGCAUGCGAUUCUACAGAUUGUAAGAGGAAAUGGUUUCACUUUGAAUGUGUUGGGAUUUCCAGCCCUCCAAAAGCACCCUGGGUAUGUCCUGAAUGUAGGAAGGCAGCAACAUUGACUGGAUGA